AUGGAAGGAGACAAGAUGUCCAACCGCCAUACCCUCAUCGAGGAAGAGCUUCUGGAGGCGUUUCGCAUGGAGCCGGACCUGAUGGUAACAUUUCGAGCCGCCGCCCCUCCUGUGCAAAGGCGCACUCCGCAGACGGACAACUGGCAGCUGGCACUCAUGCAAAAGGCCGAGCUCACCCGGGACAAGUAUCUCGAGAAGGCAAAGCUGGAGGCCAACAAGCACCAGAGGGCGAGCGCGAAGGUGAUGGAGCUAGAGUUGAAAAGGAUUGAGGGCGAGCUGGAGCAGCGUCAGGCGGACAUGCCGUCACUGGAGUCGCUGGCCGAGGCAUUGGGACUCGACGGGCGUGCUGAGCGACAGGCGGCCAUUAACCACCUGCACCAGCUCACUGGCGAUGAGCUCCGGCGACGUCUGCAGAUCCUGCUAGCGACUGCUCUCCCCAUCGAGAACGGAUGGGAGCUGAUGUAG